UCUCCCAAAGCCCAAAAAACACAACUUCAUCACCACCCAAACACCUUCAUCUUCAUCUCUUCUCCUUCCUUUUUUUUUUUUACUUUUUUAGAGGAGGAAAAACAAAUAACAAAUUAAAAAUUCAAUUCAUCAUGCCUGAAGCACCAAAAACCAACUCCUAUAACCUCUCGGAGAAGAACAAGAAGAUGCUUCAAUUCAUUGAAGAUGUCACCAUAAACGCCGACGAGGUUCAGAAAAAAGUCCUCGAGGAAAUCCUUUCCCGCAAUGCUCACGUCGAGUACUUGCGGAAACAAGGCAUUUCCGGCCAAACCGAUCGAGAAACUUUUAAGAAACUCGUCCCUGUCAUUACCUACGAAGACGUUCAGCCUUACAUAAACCGCAUCGCCAAUGGCGACACCUCUCCCAUCCUCUGUUCUAAACCCAUUUCCGAGUUUCUGACCAGCUCGGGAACAUCCGGCGGGGAGAGGAAGUUGAUGCCGACGAUUGAGGAGGAGCUUGACCGAAGAUCACUGCUUUAUAGCCUGUUAAUGCCUGUGAUGAGCCAAUACGUUCCUGGCUUAGAAAAAGGCAAAGGAAUGUACUUUUAUUUCAUCAAAUCAGAAGCUAAGACACCCGGUGGUCUACUGGCUCGUCCGGUGCUCACUAGCUACUACAAAAGCUCCCAUUUUAAGGACAGGCCAUAUGACCCUUACACCAACUACACCAGCCCAAAUGAAACCAUUCUCUGCCCUGAUUCCUACCAGAGCAUGUACUCUCAACUCCUCUGCGGCCUUUGUCUCCAUAAGGAAGUUUUAAGGGUAGGUGCUGUUUUCGCUUCUGGUUUCAUCAGAGCAAUCAGGUUUCUCGAAAAACACUGGCCUCUCCUCUGUAAUGACAUUAGGACAGGUGUCCUAGACGCCCAAAUCACAGACCAGUCUGUCCGGGAAUCCGUCAUGAAGAUCCUUAAACCUGAUCCUCAGCUUGCGGAUUUCAUUGAAGGCGAGUGCAGGAAAGAGUCAUGGCAAGGGAUUAUAACCAAGCUCUGGCCUAACACCAAGUAUAUUGAAGUUAUUGUCACUGGCGCCAUGUCUCAGUACAUACCGACUCUUGAUUAUUACAGCAAUGGCUUGCCGCUUGUCUGCACCAUGUAUGCCUCGUCUGAGUGCUACUUUGGUGUCAACCUUAAACCUAUGUGCAAGCCAAGUGAAGUGGCUUAUACCCUUAUCCCCACCAUGGCUUAUUUCGAGUUCUUGCCCGUUCAGAGAAAUAAUGGAGUGACUAACUCCAUUAAUGUUCCUAAAUCACUCAAUGAGAAAGAACAGCAAGAACUUGUUGAUCUUGUUGAUGUCAAACUUGGCCAAGAAUAUGAGCUCGUUGUCACCACCUAUGCUGGGCUGUAUAGGUAUAGAGUUGGGGAUGUGCUGAGAGUGGCUGGAUUCAAGAACAAGGCGCCGCAAUUCAAUUUCAUAUGCAGGAAAAACGUGGUGCUGAGCAUUGAUUCAGACAAGACGGAUGAGGUUGAGCUGCAAAAUGCAGUGAAGAAUGCAGUGAAUCAUUUAGUACCAUUUGAUGCAACUAUAGCUGAUUACACCAGCUAUGCAGACACCAAAACAAUCCCAGGACAC